GGGAGAAUACCCAUGUUUUUAAAAACAUACUGGAGCAAUUGUCUUACCCCUCUGAGCACAAUUGCUGUGAAACGUGAUGCGCAUGCUCGGUGUUAUCUUUUCAGACGAGGUGUUGGAAAACUUACACAAAACAGCACCCCCUCAGGAUGUCUGACCAUGAAGAAGAGUUUGAGAAUGCCAUCUCUGCAGAAUCUUUGACAUUUCCACAACAGUGCUCGGCCCUACGGAAAAAUGGACACGUCAUGAUUAAAGGAAACCCAUGCAAGAUUGUUGAAAUGACUACCUCUAAAACUGGAAAACAUGGUCAUGCUAAGGUUCAUCUUGUUGGAAUUAACAUUUUCAAUGACAAAAAGUAUGAAGAUAUGUGUCCAUCGACUCACAACAUGGAUGUUCCAGUCAUUAAACGUCAAGAAUACCAGUUAAACAAUAUUGAGGAGGGAUUUUGCACACUGAUGGAUGAAAAUGGCAAAGAACGCGAGGACUUGAAACUACCAGAAAACGACAUAGGCGAUGAAAUAAAAAAGCGCUUUGAAUCUGGUAACGAAACUCUACUGGUGACGGUUUUAAAGGCUAUUGACAAGGAGCAAAUAAUUAGCGUAAAAAAGGCUUCUGCUGACUGAUACCAACAAUGCAACUUGAGCCAUGGUCUCUUGGGCGUUGCCUUGGUGAUGCCGAGAUGUUGCCAUGGCGAAGCCUUCACAUCAUGGACUUGCUUCUUAAAGAUGGUGCCAGGGUUAAUAAUUUUUAGUACUUUUCUUCUUCUCACAACAGGACACUGCAUUUGUGAUCAUGAAAUGUGGACAGCUUUUGGUGGUAUUGGAAUGUACUACAUGUGACGUAACCAUAUUUGCAGAUAUUUGUUGCUGAUGGCAGUGCUUGUUUUCAUAAUCAUUCUCUGGAAAAACAAUAAAAUAUCUCUUAAUACAGCACCUAUUGACCCUCACCACACAAGUGUUUCUUUUAUUUUCCACGAUGAUUCUCGAAAUUGUUCUAAAAAUUGGAAACUAAUAAAUGACCAGCAAUCUGCAGUUGUUUAUCAUUGCACUGGUGAAAACAGGUUAUAGAAGUAGUUAAGCAGGCUUAAAAAAGCAGUACAAAAAUUUACUUUAAACAACAUCUCUAAAAGAACAAUAGACUGUUAAAAACUGCAGUAAUUUUUAAAAACUUAAAAUGAAAUAGUAAUUGUUAAAACAUUUAUAAGCUUAUAAGAGUAUAAUUUAACCAAAAAAAAAAUAAAAAUCGGUGAAAACAGUUGAGAUUUAUCACUGCGCCCUCAGACGAAACUAUUUGAGACAUUGUGAAUUGAUGCAUAAGAAGUUAGUUGCAUGAAAGAUUGGAAAGGAAAUUCACACAUUUCUUACGUUAUCCCGAGUGCAGACAUUUGCUUCAAAUGUGUAAUCUGACGGUAAAUCUAAACAACGUGUUGGGGUGUAUAUUUGGAGCUGGUGUGCAAGAUGUUUUGCAUCUUCUGGAUGAAGAUUAUACUGUGUUGCUAUCUUUGACAAGAAGGCUCCUUGAUUGUAAUUUGCUAUAAUGUAAAUUUAUAUUAUGUAAUAAAUUACAUUUCCCUGUU